GGGACGGACGGCAGGACGCACACAUACACACGCACAGCUUCACUUUUUUAAAAACUCUCUGCUGCCGGAUCUGCUUCCUUUUUCUUUUUUUAUUAUUCAUAUAUAUUUUUUUUUUAUUACAAAUUUGUUGGGGAUUGAAAAGUGAAUCUUGAAGAAGCCGGAAAGUGUUGUUGUUGUUGAGUGUGAGUGUGAGUGUGAAGAUGCCGCGGGUAGUCCCGGACCAGAGGAGCAAGUUUGAGAAUGAGGAGUUUUUCCGCAAGUUAAGCAGGGAGUGUGAGAUCAAAUAUACUGGAUUCAGGGACCGGCCCCAUGAGGAGAGGCAAGCCCGCUUCCAGAACGCCUGCAGGGAUGGACGGUCAGAAGUAGCCUUUGUAGCUACAGGUACCAACCUCUCUCUCCAGUUCUUUCCAGCCAACCUGCACGGAGAUCAGAGGCAGGUUCCCACAAGGGAGUAUGUCGACUUUGACAGAGAGACAGGAAAGGUCCAUUUAAAGGCUCCCAUGAUCUUGAAUGGGGUGUGCGUGAUCUGGAGAGGCUGGAUUGAUCUACAGAGGCUGGACGGGAUGGGAUUCCUGGAGUACGAUGAGGAGAGGGCGCAGCAUGAGGACGCUUUGGCCCAGGCAGCAUUUGAAGAGGCUCGACGCAGAACCAGAGACUUUGAAGACAGAGACCGAUCACACAGAGAGGAUCUAGAGGACCCUGUGGUUUCUAAAAUCUGGGACUGAUGACACACAGACAGACAGCCAGCAGAAAAGAACAGGUCCAGACGACAGCAGGACCCCAGCCCUGGCUCAAACAUGGCCAACGCUGACGUGGAACACAAGAUGCGCUGAUGAGGAGGAGGAGGACGAAGAUGAGGAAGUAGUGGAAGGAGGAAGAGGAGAGAGGAAAACAAAAAAAAGCUGUGGCUGGGUGUCCAUUCACUUUCAAUGCAAUCAACUGAAACUAAAUGUCAACUGAUACUGCAAUUGUAGACCAAUUGUACACCAGUAUUUCCUAACAGGUUUGUUAUGACCGUUUCACACGCCAAAAACAUUUUUUGAGAUAUUUAAAGACAAUAAACUUCCUGAUUUGAUUGAAUUGAAAGUGAAAAAAAGCCUGAGAAAAGAAGGAUUUAAAAGAGACAGGACACAACAGACCUGGGCAAAAAGUAGUUGAAUAUAUUUAAAUACAGAGGAAGGAACAUGAGCAGUUGAAUUCACAUUAUAAUGUAAAUGUGACACAUCCAGAGUUGAAGUUGUUUUUUUUUGUCAAAUAAGUGUUUCAAAUAUAUAAAGCAGAGAUCAAGUCAUUCAAAAAACCUUUAUAUUUUUUGUCCAGGUCUUAAAGGAUUUGAUGUAUCGGUGUAGUUUCAAGUACCAAAAGUAUAUUUUCUAUCAAUACAAGAUGUUGAUAAUAAAGCGGUUAAAGAUGUCAUUAAGGAGCGGAGGAGGAGGACAGACAGAAGGAGCAGAGCGAGGAGAGGGGAGGUUUUGUUUGGCUCAGGGUCACGGUCAGGGCUUAUUGGUCAGGAUUACCAGUGAAGCAUGCAUCAAAAGUGAGGAGAUGAAAGUUUGUUGGGGAGGGGGGGAGAAAAGUUUCUGCAUUGUUCGGUGUUGUGCAAUACUUCACAUUUGUGAACAUGCAACUUGUUAACCCCCGCUGUGCCUAGCUCACUUCCUGAAACCUGCUGUUCUCUUAGACCAAAGUUCACUUUGCUGGAAAGGGAGGGAAGGGAGGGAGGGGAGGGGAGGGGAGGAGAGGGAAUAAAAGAAGGGGGGAAACAGGUGGGAUGACAACUCGCAGAGAUAAUUGUGCCAGGUUGUGGGGUACAGACGCGUUUGCUGUGCUAUGAUGUCCACAAUCUCUCUAAAACAUUGCUAUGACAAGAUGCCCUGACUAUCAAUCACAGGUUAUGUAGCAACAACCUCAAAGAAAGACAGUUAACAAAGAAACCUGCUACAAACUCUGCUAUCUUUGGCUCUGGAAGUUCGGGGGUGGGGGGGUUCAAUUCAAAAGUCCUUUGUCUUCUGAGGGGUUUUGCACUAUGUGAUACAAUCAGUCUUGUUCCCCACAUGGAUUUUCUUUAUAUGCAUGAAACCAAACACAGGUCUACCUAUGUUCUCUUUAAUGUUCCCUAUGCAGCCUAUUUAACGUAAGAGCACUCCCUUUGCAGCACUUUGAUGAGGAAUAACUGGAUGAUUCAAGGCCCGGACAAAGCGUAAAAAGCAUCAUUUUCUAUUCAGCCAGGAUAUUUCUGAAUCCUAAUGAGACACCUGAGCAGAUAAUAAGCCUAUUUUGCAGACGGUCUGUUGUGCUUGUCAGGUAUGAAAUGAACUCUGCGCAUGAAGGUGUUUGAACCUUCAUUUUGGACCCUGUUCUUAAGAAUCUGAACCCUCUUUAAACCUUUGAACCAACCAUAGAGUCAUCGUAGCACCGCAGCAGUAUCCAGUGAAAACCAUGAAGUGCCAAAAAUUGGUGAUUUUAAUAUUAGUUGGUUGUUGUUGUUUUUUCAGAGAAACUGACAUAUUUAUGGGCUGGGAAGAAUUUUCUACAUCGUAAGCUGAAAACAAGGCUUUUUUUCUUAGCUCAUAAAAAAGUUGCCACUUUGGAGAUGCAUGGUUUUUCACUGGACGACAGUACUGUGCUAUUAUUCAUUAUCCACGUCUUCAAAAACACACCACGCGUCACUUCUACUGUAAAUCAUAUAAAUUCAUCAGCUCACAUCAUAAACUGUCGAUCACCCAGAUAUUCGUCAUCAUCAAAGGACUGUAAAAGCCUAAAUGCAGUCUAAAUACUAUUCCCUGUCCUGUUACAGCACUAGUGUAAUGAAAUGUUUUGUUUUUUUAAUCGUUUUGUUUGUGUGAAAGUCAUGAUGUUUACUUUUUAUAUUACUUCUCACCUCUGUACAUGUAUUCAUUUUUGUUCAUCUUUCAGCUUUGUUAUGAACUUGUAGUAGCAGCAGUAGUUGAAAAUUAGAAAAAAUGUCUCCAGAAAUUUGGGAGUUUUGAGGACAUUUGUUGCUUUUUGUUUUUCAUUGUUUUAUGUGUUUUUUUUUCUUUUAUUAAUGUUAUUUUUAUUUUUAAGGAAAUCCACUUCCUGGGUUAAAUACAUUGAAUGUGGAUUGACUCAAGUCCUGUUUAUUAGGUGAUACAAAUGUUUUUAUAUUGUGCAACUAGAAGCUCAUUUCAUUUUCCAGUGUGUUUUACAAUUAGUGCACUCAACGGUUUUAUUAUAAUUAUUAUAACCAAGAAAAAAAAUCUUUUGUUUAUUCAUGCUUUACUCUUUUUUUUUCUCUCAGCCUGACAGACUUUUAAUGAGCUUUACAUGAAAACUGGUGAUAUAUAUUUUUUUUAUCCAUUGAGAGCCAUGUGUUUGUAACAUUUUACAAGAACUUUUGGACAAAAGAAAUGUUAUUGCUAAAAAAAAUAACAGUUGAAAUUAAAAUAAAAAGUCAACUGAAAGCUCAAACAACAUGAUAAAGUUAAUGAUAGUACCCCGGCCUGACAGGUUAUGUCAUUUGAGAUGCAAAAGAAUUAAAAGGAACUGUUUAAGUGGUAACGGUAAUAAGUUUUCUACAGCCUCAUUAACAAACAAGGCCAAGCUCAGGGUACGGCAAAAAACAAUGCAGGAUUUGGACUUUUGGAUACUACAUGGGAGGAUUUAAUUGGGGUAACCUAAGGUCAGAAAAUUUACUUUCUCAUUAUCAGCUUUAUUUUUCUCCCACAGAAAUUUGGGAGUCUGGGAAGAAAGGCUUAAAUAUUUCCAUUUCUCUCACCGCAUACCGAUCCUGCAAAGUCAGCUGGCCUUGUGACGCAGUGCUUUAUUUGUUUAAGAAUGUGGAAAACAUACUUUCUGUCUGAGGGCACCUUCGGUGCGAUAAACGGUGGAUUUUUGUGAUGUUGAAACGUCCAGUGAGUGAGAUAGUGAAGUGGCAUUAAAGACUUUGAACAAGGAGGUGAGGUGGGUGGAGGAAAAGGACACGCGGGAGUAUGAAAAAUGGGUCGUGGCUCGAGUUGAGUCUUCAGGUCAUGUUGGUGAAAGCUGUCAUUUCCACGUACAGAGGCUGUUGUGUUUCCAUGAAGCUGAGAAAUCCUUCACUUGCAUCAGAUCAGAAAGUUAUAGCUUUGAUUUGAUCACUGAAGAUGGAGAUGUAAGCUACAUUUUCAAAUUAAGCUCAGUGGAAACUGAAAGGCUUUGAACCAGAGAAGGGAGGUUUGUAGGUGGGAAGUUAGUUUGGGAUGAAAUACCCCGGGGUGCUCAGGCUUUCUGUAGACUUUUUGAAAUCUGUAAAUCAUGAAUUAAUUGGUUAUGUCUGUACUACAGCAGCUUCCCAGAUAAAUCAUAGCAAUGACGCCAUCAAAUCUGCCAUAUCUCUAGAAACUGGCAUCUUUAUGGAUUUAAACUGUGUGCUCAUGUUAAGAAACAUUCGUGAGAGGUCGAUUGCAAAAGACAAAGUCAAAUAUCUAGGUUGCAGUUGCCACAGUGUGCCACCCUGUCCCCGCUGAACCCACCCAGUGUAUCAUUGUACCAUUAUUUAGAUGGUUACCCAUGUAAACAACUUAGUUGAUACUCCAUCCCUCAGUUUCUUAAUGCAGGCAUUAAGGCAAAAAAUAAAUCACAAACAUUGUCUUUUUUUACCUGAACUGUUUAUCUUCUUAUUUGUUUAAGUUAUUUAUACUUUGGUUUUAUUUAGAGAUCCAAAGAAGAACUCUGUGAUAUUUAGUGGCUUGUACACACUCCCCAGGUUUCUCCUCCCUGUGUGUGUGGUCUGUCUUUCCCUCUGUUGAGCUCGAUCCUCCUGGAGGAAUCUGAAAUAUGAGAUAUUCAAUUCAAAAUGUUGGAUGUUUUUCAUAAUAAACAUGUACGAAUUCUUG